AAUGCAACGAGGCUUCUGAUUUCAAUAAUUUCAAAAGAAGAUGAAGUGUAUCCUGUGCCUGUGUUUACUCCUUGCUGUUCUUUGUGCUGUAACCCAUUGCCGCCAUGAAGAUAUUUGCCAUGAAGUCAACAAUAUUAAUCUGCAAGAUGGAACUGAAAAUUUAUUAACACAUAACUGUGACAAGCAAGGCUCAAACUAUGCAGAUUUUGUAUUUAGAUUUUACAAGCAGGCUGUAUCAAAGGAAGCUGAUGAAAACGUUUUCUUUUCUCCCAUGAGCAUCUCCACUGCAUUUGCCAUGCUGGCUGUUGGUGCUAAGUCAACCACCCUGUCUCAGAUUUUUGGAGGACUGGGCUUUGACGAUCUGACUGAGGCUCGCAUACAUGAAAUACAUGACAGUUUUCACAAAGUUUUAUCCAUACUGAACUGUGCUGAUGCUAAUAUCACAUUAAAUAUAGGGAAUGCCAUUUUUACAGCUACUGGGUAUGAACCACAGGAGUCAUUUUUACAAAAUAUCAAACAAUUUUAUGAUGCAGAUUUUUUUAAUAGCGAUUUCCAUAAACCAGAAGAAACUAAGAAGCAAAUCAAUAAAUAUAUAGAGGAGAAAACCAAGGGGAAAAUUCCUGAAUUAGUUGGUCAUCUUGAACCAAGUACUGUACUAGUUCUAACUAACUACAUUUAUUUUAAAGCUGCCUGGGAAAAGUCUUUUGAUCCUUUGCGUACAUAUGAGGAUGAUUUUUUUGUGAACACAAAUGCAUCUGUUAGAGUCAACAUGAUGCAGCAUGACAAUACCACUAACAGUUACUACGACCAGGAUCUCUCCUGCGAGGUGAUAGAGCUGCCUUACCAGGGCACUGCACGAGCAUUGCUCAUUCUGCCUGAUGAUGGAAAGAUGAAGCAAGUGGAAGAUGCUCUCUCCAAGGAAACUCUUUGUAAAUGGAAUAACAAACUUAUGCCCAGGAGAUUAAAUCUGCAGUUACCGAAGUUUUCUAUUAGUGGGUCUUAUGAUGUUAAAAGCCUGUUUGAGAAAAUGGGCAUUACUGAAGUGUUCUCAGGUAAUGCUGAUCUGUCUGGAAUUAGUGGCAGCCAUAAUCUCCAGGUUUCACAAGCAAUUCACAAGGCCCUGCUGGAAGUUGAUGAGGCUGGAUCUGAAGCUGCAGGAGCCACUGCUGCAAUCUCUACCAGACUUCUGUAUCCUUCUGUUACCAUCAAAUUCAACAAGCCCUUCCUUAUUUUGAUCUCUGACAAGCUAACUGGCACUACACUUUUCAUGGGGAAAAUUGUUGAUCCUACUAAAAAGUAAUUGCUGAGUUAUUUGGCGUAUUGGUGUUGGGCACGAGUUGUAAUGGGUACAGUGUUCGCAUUCAUGGGCUAGUUAGUGCUACUAACUGCUCUCUGAUUGAGGGAUAUUCAGAAGUAAAUGAGGAAUUCCUCGUCAAAUUAAUAAGCAAAAAAUUAUUAAAAAAAUCUCAUCAAGUAACGCUUUUUAAAUGUAACAUUUUCCCCAGUUGAGUAAUUAUAUUGGGUUUGCAUGGCAAGGUUUUGGUAGCAGGUGGGGCUACAGGAGUGGCUUCUCUGAGAAGCUGGUAGAAGCUUCCCUCACGUCCAACAGAGCCAAGGCCAGCCGGCUCCAGGACGGAGUUGGCACUGGCCAAUGCCAAGCCCAUCAGAGAUGAUAGUAAUGCUUCUGUAAUAACAUAUUUAAGAAGGGAAAAAAAGCUAUUUUGCAGAAGUAAUUGCAGCCAGAGAAGAGCAGAGUGAGAAUAAGUGAAAGAAACAGCCCUGCAGACACCCAGGUCAGCGCAGAAUGAGAGGGAGGAGGUGAUCCAGGUGCCAGAGCAGAGAUUCCCCUGCAGCCCAUGGUGAAAAACCUGGUGAGGCAGCUGUGCCUACGCAACCCCUGGAGGGAUGCAGCGAUCCAUCUGCAGUCUGUGUAGGAGGUGGAUGUCCAAAGGAGACUGUGAUACAUGGGAAACCCACACUGGAGCAGGUUCCUGGCAGGAUCUGUCAAUCCAUGGAGAGAGGAACUCAUGCUAGAGCAGGUUUCCUGGCAGGACUUGUGACCCUGUGGGGGACCUAGGAUGGAACAGCCUGUUCCUGAAGGACUGCACCCCAUGGAAGGGACCCAUCCUGUAGCAAUUCAUGAAGAACUGUAGUCCAUGGAAAGGACUCACACUGGAGAAGUUUGUGGAGGACUAUUACCUAUGGGAGGGACCCCAUACUGGAACAGGGGUAGGACUCCCUGAGGAGGGAGCAGCAGCAGAAACAGCAUGUGAUGAACUGAUCAUAACUCCCAUUCCCUGUCUCCUUGCACUGCUGUGGGGGAGAAGGUAGUGCCUGGGCAGGAGGGAUGGGUAGGGGGAAGGUGUUUUUAAGAUUUGUUUUACUUCUCAUUAUCCUGCUGUGUUUUUGAUUGCUAAUAAAUUAAUUUAAUUUCCACAAGUGAAGUCUGCAGAGGUCAAUAACGCUAAGACGAUCCCAGCGGAGGCAAGAAGCUGGAAUGCUUUAUUGGACUUACAAGUUCUUAUUUAAAGGCUUUAGGGUCUACAUAUUCAAUGGGGGGUUUACAUAUUCAUCAGGGGCCAGAACUAUUACAAUUAGGGACUUUAUAGGGAUGAGGUAAAGGGGAAAUCCUAAAUUACCAACUUUUGGGUCUUAGCACUUACAUCAUAGGGGAAAACCCAUCUUAUCUUAGGGGGAUUACAUGGGGGGAGCAGAUAACACAAAGGGAGAGAUAAAACACAGAAGUUUUUCUGCACAGGUAUGAUGAGAUCAGGGCAUGGUUUCUCCAAGCUUGGGCAGGACAUUCCAAACCCAUGACAUCAAUAGAUCCUUGUCUGGACUCUAAAUGGAGGUUUUUUCCCAGUCUCUGUCAGCCCAAGGCUUUUGUUUAAACCUAGUAGUUUUCUUUUUCUCAUAUCCAAAAAUUUGGAAUCCAACACAAGUCUGUUUUGCCUUUGACAGUAAUC